UUCAAUAUUUUUGAGUUUGUGAGCAUAAUUUCAUCACUUAUUCAUUUUAGUUGCAUAGUAUAACAAUCUCGUCAAUUUAAAAUAGGCGGUUAUAAUAAACUGACAAGAUUAUUCUAUACAACUGGUAACCGCAUAAUAACGUAGUUGCUCAUCCAAAAAACCAAAAAAAGUUUCCACCACGCGCAUAAACCAAAAUCAAAAAUCGUUUUAUUAUGUGCCUAUAAACAAAAUAAAACAUAAAUCUUAAAAGCAACUACGAAAAUAGACCGUUACGAAUAAAGCGAAAAUCGGAGGAACAUUUCGGGCAUUAACUUAACGCUCGGAAUGCGUGUAUCCAGCGUUCUCCCACCGACUUAACAGGAAUAUGAAGAUUGAAUUUAUUUCUGCCCGGUCGAGUUAUACCCCUGGAUAAAACCCUAAAAACGGAAAUCAAGUGAGUUUGGGAUCGUUCGUCAAAGUUCGUCAAUUUUUUACAGUUGGAGGGGAUGAUGGUGGCCUACUUUGAAAGAGGAAGGCGAGCGGAAUCAGUAGGUUUAUUCAUCAUGUAUUUGUUAUGAGAGGUGAAGGAACCGCGUAAUGGCCGGGGAGCCAAAUGGCUCAACAGAAGAAAGUAAUGUCACUAUUAGUAGCACAACACCUCUACCACCGUACCCCACAGUCGACCCAAAGGAAUAUUAUAAGACUUACGAUGUUAUGACUGGAGUACGAAUAGCUGCCACCUUGGGCAGUUUUUUCGGCCUAAUGGUCCUUCUUGUUUUAUACAAAUCAAAAUCAAAGACUGAAAAAGCACUAGAAGAUCCUAAUUUUACAGCAGCAGCGGUAGCCGAAGCCGAAGAAGAAGAACGGCAAAUUCAAUUAGCCUUAGAAGCGACCGCCUUAGAAGAGCUCAAUCCCGGUGUCAGCCGAUUAAGUAGGAAAUCACUGGAUAGUUCUCAUGGCAGAAGAGCCUCAAGGAGGUUUUCUUUAGCUGAAGGUCACAGCAGUUUGUACGAACCAUCUACAAAACUCACGUCGAGAUUGCCUAGUUUUGUCGAUGAAGACUCAUCGCCGGACGACGCGGCCUCCUUGUACGACGAUAUAUAUUAUAAUAGUAAACUAUUAGAUCCACGUCGUCCAAGCAACAUAACCUGCUCGUCGUCCGGCAGCUCGUAUUUGGAGCGACGUGAUUCCGCCGUGACGUUGGGUUUUUCAGUGCUGCCACCGCACAAGUACAACAAGUCCUCAAGACGACAAUCCUCUCCAGUUCCAGAAAUGUACGAUUUAUAUUAUCCUAUUGAUAUACACGUAACCCAUCCCACCCCGGGAGGAUCGCCCUGCGGCAGCGACCGCGCCCUCUAUCAGGCAGUGGGAGAACCGCCGAAUUUAAAGCCCAGAUUGGCGCCUUUAGCUUCCAUUAGUAGUUGUAAUAGUUCUCUAGGUACAGAUUAUUUUGAAGAUUAUGAUGCUAUCUCUUACGCCUGCGAUACGUAUCCAGACGAGGAGGAAAAUACGGAGAACGGAGUAGAUCCGUUCGACACCGAUAGUGACGUUAAUAGUGAGGACGGUGCAUGUUACGAUAAAAGAACUAAAGUGUGUGUUGUGUCCAAUGAUUCAUCAUCGACAAUCAGUAACGGUGGUAGUAGGUAUUCUACGGAGCAUCCCCAUCCAUGUAACAGUAAAACCGACCUAAGCAGAGAGUCGAGGUCUUCCUCGACACUAUUUGAAUGUUGUCAACUUCCUCAGAUUACCUUUGCCGAAGUUCAUAGGUUAGCAUCGUCGACAACUGAAAUCGAUCGGAAAAACUCUUGGACGCAAGAGACUUUAUUUUAAAAACCAAAUAAACCGUAGAAUUUGUUGAUAAUUCCCAAAAUCUACAUUUAUUUCAUAUCCAGACUUUUAAGCUUUUGUUCAAUGUUGGCAGAAAAUGUAAACUUGUAGUUUAUAUUAUUUACCAACGAUAUGAAAUCUGUAUAAAAAAACUAAUAUAAUGGCUCAAUGGAAUUUACGAUAUUUCACCUAUGGGCUGUGAUUAUAAGGAAUAAGUUGGCAUUACUGUUAGUAAGCACUAACUCAUUUCAUUCUACCUGUACAGGGUGUGCCAAACUCUAAUACUCUACUAAUCUUAGAAAUUAUUAUCUGUGUUUUUUCGAUAGAUCUGUUAGUUAUUAACUAUUAUAUAAACUUAACAUUUGACCAUUGAACUCUAUAUAGGAAUCAAAAAGGAAUAUGCGGACUCUUGUCUUUUAAGAGCUCUCAAUAAUUUUUAUUCUUAAACCCUUACUUCUUUAAUAAUUGAGGGAUGUGUUAUUUUCUUUAUUAAGGGGCCAUAAGUUUUGACAAUCGAUUGAUUAUAUAAUGUGAACCAUCAAAAGGAAUAAUUAGUAUUGUAUAUCUAUCUAUGUAAUUAAACGGUUUUAACGUAAAUAAUUAGUUGUCGAAUUUAUAUAAUUAAAUUCACUUUUGGACAGUAUAAGCUUGAAUACGAAUUUUAGCAUAUUUUAAUUAUUUUUAUGUAUUUCGAUUGUGGUUUGCAAAAUUGGCAUUUAAUAAAUAAAAAAAUUAUUAAAUUUCAGUAAAUUUUGUGAAUUUUUAAAAGCUCAUGCAAAUUUGAAAAGAAAUGGAGUAUGAUGAAAAUAAAAAUAAUAAAGAAUUUAGAGCUUUUAGAACUGGCGGCUAUUUAAACUUAUCAAUAUGUAGGGCGUUUCAACAACAAUCUCUAUUGUUUUUGAAACAAUUUCUGUAAUAGGCGUCGCAAUAUGUAAAUGAAUUUUUUAAACUAAUAAUGAGUAAGUCCACAGCAACGUUUCAUUAUUGAUUUGUAUAGUAUAUAUGGACAUUAUUGUACUAAAGCGCUUUACAGGAAUAAAAACAAAGCAAGUUAAACAGUAGAAGAAGUAAAACGUGUCGGCAGGUACACGUUUUUUCACUGUUUAAAACAAAAGAAAAGAGAUCACAAAACCAAAACCAAUUUAUGUAAUCAGCUCUGGUACUUCUGGUUUUGAAGGAAAAAACCGCAUCCAUACUAUGGAAGCAUAAACUACUAACCUCUGUAUAGUCUGAAACAAAGGACGCUAGUACAGAGAGUUAAAUGGUAAACGGAUAGAUUCAUUGGGAUACGCCGUAAGACGGGAAGCAAAAGAAGUAAAGGUAGUACCUGUCGACACGUGUUUCUACUUUUUGGCUUCUUCAGGGCGAGGAACCAGAAAAACAAGAGAAAGAGAGAGGAAAAGACACAAGGGUAGUCGUGUCAAAAAUUUUCUCCAAAAGCAGAGAUGCUAGAGCUAAUUACGUAAAUUCGUUGUUCGCGCCUGUUGGUAAUCUCUAAUGUUUGUUUCAGCCUUUUCUCUUUAAUUUUCUGGUUGCUCUGCCCUGAAGAAGCCAAAAGGUAGAAACAUGUCGUCAGAUACCAACUUCAAUUCUUCUGCUUCCCGUCUUACUUUGUAUCCUGAUAAAUCUAUCCUUCUAAUAUUUAACUCUCCGUGCUAGCUUUCUUUCUUUGAUUAUAUUACAAGAGUCUAAAAAAAUAUUGCAAUGCAUGCAGAAAAGUAAAGCUUCUUACAAAAUACAUUAAAGAAGACCCUAAAAACGUUGGUUCUCUAACAAUAUUAUCAAGGUUAUUAAAUAUAACAGCUAGUUAAUUUGAGUUUCCUACUAUUUAUUAAUGGUCUAAGGACCAAUGUUACUGGCCAAGAUCGAAUCAAUGUAAAAACUAAGCUUGUCAACUUUUCCAACCUUUGUAAUUAAUGAGUGUUUAUUUCUUUCUUUCCAGAAGUCAGCUAAUAUCUUUUAUGCCAAAAAAGCCUCCUCCAACAUAACUUUCAGAUUUUAGGCCAAUUAGUAUUCUUCUCUAAGGCUUCAAGUUUCUUGAAAAGGUAGUAUGUGAUCAGCUUUCGAUUUUUUAUAAUGAAAAUGAUAUACUUCCUCCACACAGUCUUGUUUUCGUCCUCAUCACAGUACAACUGCUCUUCUCAAUAUUACUAAAGAUUUUUUAUCAACUUGAGAUGUAGGUAAGUCUUACUUACUUUUGAUAUCAUAUACCACUGGGUCCUUAAAAGAAAUAAAUAAAAGGUGUUGUCGAAUUUCACCCACAGGGAGUUCUUCUUGGUAAUGCUAUCUAGAUCUGAUAAAGACGAUGGAGUACUUAAGACUACUAAAAAUAUUUAUUUUCACUAUUUAUGUCCGAUUUAAAUAUCGCGCCAAUAAAUCGAACUUCAUUGAACUGACUCCCAGCGGCGACGGAGCUCCUUUAAUAUUCGACUGACCAUGUUUCCGGAAGAUGAUCGUCGCUGACCUUCCAGAGACGUCGUGUGGUGUGCCACUUCUCUCAUUCCGGAAUGAUGGAGAACAGCUGAUAUUCUCAGUAUUCCCAAUAUCCUUACAAUAUGAAUCUGUUAAGUUGUUUCUCCAUUUUCAUGCACAUGUCGUAUUCUGGCCUCUGGUCAAAAAAGAUUUUUUACAAAAAUUUCUUGUUUAAUGUUUUCGCUCUUGUUCAAUGGCUAAUUUGGAAUUAAAAGACAUAUUGUACCAUUGGCAAAUCGUACUAUGAAUUUCAAGCCCUACAAGUACCCAAUAAUUUGUCUGAAUAAGUGGUGAAGUAGACACCCCUGUCUUGUUUCAAAGAACAUUUUCAUAUAGGUAGCUUCAAUCCACUGAUUAAACAAAAAGUAUUUAGCAAAUUCAUCAUAUUUUCUACCUUAUAUUAUUAUUGUAAAAUUUGGAUUAUUUUUACUGAAAUUGAUCUAUAAACCUUUAAUUAAGUUCUAUUAAACACGUUUUAUUUUUUGCUUACUUCCGAGAAUGCGAUAAACGGCGAAAGCUUUUGAAUGAAAAACAUUAAAUAAACAAAAUGUAAUGGUCGACAUUUACAUUGUAUAUUGAUGGAUUUGCAUAGACCAAUAAACUAUAGUGUAAAGGCAAUCGGACAUAACUGCAAUCAAAAUGCUAUAAAACCUUAAAUAAAUAUUUCUUGAUCAAAUAAAAUGAAUUGUUAUAGUAGUAUAAAAAGAAGAAACAUUUUCUGUUAUAGUCUGUGCGAGUAAAUUCACUUUUUUGAAUGGUUUAUUCCAAAACAUGCGGUUUUGUUUAUUAUUGCUAAAGUUGUGAGAAUCUAAAACAAUAAUCGAAUUUUUAACAUGAUGUAAAGUAACUAUUUAAUUGAUGAGGUCAUUACUAAGCUUUCAGCAGAGUUAAAUGCGAUGUAUCAGGUUUGUAGUAAAAAAUCACGUGGGAAAGUAAAAAUAUUUUUUUUAGUAAGUAAAUAAGCCAGAAUGAGAUUUUCCAGAUAUUAUCCGCAUAUAAUAGACUGGUAAGUUUGUUUCUCUAUAAAAAGAUAAAAACGAAGUAAAGCUAAUACAUGUAAAAUAGGGUAAUAAAAUAAAGAGACAAAAAGUUAGACGAUAGAAUUACUCUUGCUUAAUAGCUUUUUAUUGUAAUUUAUAAAUUAGAUCAGACCCGUUUUCCUUUUAAUAUGAAAUACUUAGCCGAAUAUCUUUCAUUAUAAUUUCUGUCAUAAAAAAUUACUUUUUUAGUUUUGGCAAGAGCACAAGAGAUAUUUUCUUACUGUUUGGCAACAUUGCAUACCAUUCGUCCGAUGAGUUUGACUUUUGAUUUGGAUACCAGUGGCUUAGAGUUUUGAUCACUACAAGUAGUAUUACAUAGUUGCGAAAAUAACUUAAUAUUCAGUGUAGAAUGAAAAGCUUAAGUAAAAAAGAAAAAAUGUAUUGUAAUUAUUGUCAUUGUCAUACUCCAUUGGAUGUAUAUGGAUCAGAGUAAGUUUAAUUCGGGGUGAUUAUUAUUUGAAUAGUCAUAUGGGCCCUUGAUUUUUGAAACAGGCAAAUUAUUCUGGAAAAAGUGCGAUUGUAAAAAAAGCCUCUGAAUAUAUGUGUUUUCAACUUUCUCAAAUUAAAACCUAAAAAAUAAGAUAAAACGUUGUCUCCAACAUUUCAUUCCAGUUCUAACAAUACUGUUGUGGUCUUUAAAUUUUAGAGCUAGCAAGGUGCAGCUUUAAAAAGAAAAUAAUGAAAAUAAUGAUGUAGCUGUAAGAGAAGCAUUUGAACGAUUCCUAGACGUUCAGUUUUAAAACAUGCCUCUGCUUUACGUUUGUCAAAUCGUUCUGUAAGAGAAACUACACGACGAUCUGAAGUGUGAUCGUGCAAGAACUUAGUGACUGGGAAAAUCGCCGAGCAUAUUCUAACAAUAUUCUUCAAAAUGUUUCAUAAAAUACUGCACCAUAACUGCCGAUCGAUAUGUUGACAUACUACGCAACUUUUUGGAACCAAAAUUUAGAGAACUUGAACAUCCGUACGUGUGGUUUAAAUAGGAUGGAGCUGCAACUCAUACGACAAUAGGGAUAAUAUACGUUUUAAGAAAAUAUUUCCAGGACGCGUAAUCUCGUUACGUGGAGACGUUGGGUGGCCUGCGCGUUCACCCGAUCUUGCCCCAUGUGACUUUUUCUUUUGGGGAUACCCAAAAGCGAAAGUCUUUCAAUAACGAGUUGAAAACUGCCAUACACCAAGAAAUUACAGGAAUAGAAACUUUUAGAAAUCACCUUCGAAUGUGUAUCUAAAAAAUAAUCGCCACUUAGACUCUGUUCAAAAAUUAUAAUAAAAAUAAAUGGCAUAAUAUAAUAGAAAAUUUGGGAUAUGUUGUAUUUUAAGUCAAUACCAGCAUGUUUUUCAAUAGAUUUUUCAUUUUUAGCUUUAACGAUUCUAUCAUAUUUAAAUAUUCUCUUCUAAGUCCAAUUAAUAUAAGUAACACCUUUAGUCACACGCAACUCCAGUGCAAUAUUCAGUUUUUAAUCAGCCUUGCCUGAAAAAAAAAUAUCUAUAAUACUUUUUUUCUGUACCUUUAUCUCUUAGCUAAUUAAUGUUACAUUUUCCUGAGCAAAAUAUAAUACGAGUAGGUUAUAAUUUACAUUCGUGUCAUGUUCAAAUGAUGCACAGUUGAUCUUCAGUUAUAUAGAUCCAGUACAUACAAUUUAGAUUUUGAGCUAAAGUGAAUAGUUCGAGUAUAUAGCAUAGGAAGUCCAAACUCUUUACUGAGCUGACCGAGAGUAUCCCUUUUAGAUAUCUUUUAUUUUGGGUGAAGCAGUUCCGAGGUUAACAUAGCUUAUUCUGUUCAGUACUACAUAUUUAUAAGGGAUGUUCAAAAGCAGUUCAAUAAGUCGCUAAAAAACCUCGUAGCAUCGCAAAUGAUCUAUUUUUAGCAAGCAUCAUUCCUCACCACGUGUCUGGCAAAGUUGCAGACAUAUUCAUCAAGCGGUUUUGUUUUUAUCGUCAGUGGUAUUUAUUGAAAGAAAAUAAAAAAUAAGUUUAAAACGUGGUAAUUAAAUAUUUCUGUUUAAAAGGCUUAAGCAGCAAAAAAGGGAUAAAACUUAAGUUGGAUUCAGUUCAUUGCACAUCAGCUACUAUAUUUGCAGUUUAAAAUUCGAUAAAUGAAUUUUAACAUGAGCGUAUAAUAACAGAAGAAUAUUAUUCUAUAGAAGAAGAAGACGGAGAAGAAGAAUAAUUAUAUUAGAUGAACCUAAACGUAGAAGAAUUGUAGCUAAUCUAUAUAUUUAUUUUAUUGAUUUGAAUUAAUAAAAGUUCUUUUAUAGCAGGAGAAUAGACUAAGAUUUAUUAAUAACUUGGAGUUUUGCUUUAUUUAUGUUGCAGUUACAUUUUAGAGUUGACGGAUUGAAAGAUUUUUGAUUUGUUUGAUAUUAAUAUAUAUCCGUAUUAACAAAAUAAAACAUAUGACACCUAAAUCCGGUCUAAAUUCUUUUUUUGCAUCUGUCUCGUGUAUAGCUCAUUAUAGAUAUCUUAGAAAAAAACCUAACCUUAAGCUCUACUUACUCACAUUAAUUUAAAUAUUAUAUUAUCUGGA